AUAGAAACGACGUCGUUUUGAUACGGGAUUGUCUCUUAAGCAAAUUCGUGGAAAUCGAAGAGAUUUGAGAGACUACGAGGAGGAAGAAGAAGACGAUGGGGUACGUGUUGAGGGUAAGAUUGGCUUCUUUCUUCGCUGGAGCUGCGACUGCGUCUUUUAUCGGCCUCUCUGUUCUCUAUAAGGAUUACAAGGUCGCUCACGAAUCGAUUUCUCAGCAGGCAAAGUCUUUUCAUGACUCUCUGGAUAGAAGGAUCUCUACUCUUGAAAGCUUGAGACAAAGUGAAGCUCCACAGCUUGCUGAGACAACUGAUUAACACAUCUGUCUCGACAUUGAUACUCUCUGCUUUGCUGAUGAUGUUUUUGAGGUUGGCUCUUUUUCGCUUUUAUGAAUAACUUGGAAGUUCUUGUAAGCCUACUGUUAUCAAACAAUGAAGUUAAGGUUGUCUACAUGGAUUGAAACUUGCUGUAACACUUGCCAAUUAAAAAAUUGAAUGUUUCGACAUAUUGGUUUGGAUCUUAA